AUGCAAAGAUUAGCUCCAGAAUUUGAUUCGCUCUUCUUGGAACUGAGAAUCAGAUCAGGUGACACUGAUUCAAGCCUUCCACUGGUACGGCGGAGUGGAACAGUUUGGGGGUCUGCUGUUGCUCGUGCCAUCGGCCUGCUCAUUGGGCGAGCAUUGCUCUCAUAUCCCAUGACUCGCAUUGUGGUCACGGACGCCAAUCGCCAGGGACGAAAUGACUUCUUGGAUGAGUUGGACUCAGUGCUUGGUUUGAGCCUGGCGGGUGCAAAGCCGCCCUACUUCCAGGCCAUGCCGGUGCCCACUUGGGCGGCCGCUGACGAGACCGAUCCCUUCGAUGGUUCCAUGCCACAGGAGGUCGGUCUGCUCCGUCUCUCCUGA